CACACACACACACACACACACACACUCACACUCACUGGGCCCUUCCUCACAAGUCUCCAGUCCAGUCUGUCAAAUCACCCAGCAUGUGAAGCCCCUGCGAGCCUGGAAAACGUUCUCUCUGGAUACUUCAUUAAGCGGCUUUAAAUGUGCAUCUCUUCCGGAUAAUACUUUUGACUUGUCUUGGGGGCUUUUCUCUUUCUCAUACAUUGGCUCAGAGGGCUUUCUGUGGACUGAGAUGGUGCAAUGCUCCGCAGGACAGCACCGCGUGUAUGUUGCUUGUGGAUCCUGCUCUCCAGUGUGUUAAUAUGGAGAGUUCACUGCGCCAGCGCGCAGAGCUGUCAUGAGGUGAAAACCGCUUUCCAGCUGCGCCAAGUCGGUUCAUUAAGAUGGGUUCCGGAGACCGCGGCAACAGAUGCAGAUCUUCUUAUCUGCAAACACCAGGGUCCCACAUGCUGCACCCGCAAGAUGGAAGAGAGCUACUACGCCGCUGCCAAGAGAGACACACUCCAGAACAUUCUCUCCUAUAGUUUCGAACUCAAAUAUCUCAUCCUGGGCCAUGCCUCUUCCUUCCAGGAUACCUUCCAUUCCCUGCUCUCCUUCACUCUAAAUCAUACCUACUCGCUCUUCGACAGCACCUACGGGGCGAUCUCUCAAGACGCUAAACCCUUGGUGUCUACCCUCUUCUCUGACCUUGACCUCUACCUCCGUGGUGAGGCCAACAUCUCUGUAGAACACUCAGUCCACAGUUUCUACGACAAACUUUUCCCAUUGGUAUACCAACACUUGGUCAAUCCGGGCUUGGGUUCAAAUGUUUCUACCUGGUCCUCUGAAGGAAGCGAAUGCCUACGUGCCACUCGGCAUGACAUCAACCCCUUUGGCCCUCACCCACAAGAACUUGCUCAGGGACUGUCUAGGGCACUAGUGGCCGGUCGUGCCCUCAGUCGGGCACUGGCGAUGGGGUCCGAGGUUCUGAAUGCCCCCGAAUCGGGGGGAAUGGCGCGCCAAUGUGGACGUGCACUGGUGCGGAUGCUGUUCUGUCCGCACUGCCGUGGAUUGACCCUGAUCCGGCCUUGCGGAGGCCUGUGUCUCAAUGUGAUGCGGGGUUGCCUGGCAGGUCUAGCUGAGCUGGAUGGGCCCUGGAGACGCUAUGUAGCAUUGCUGGAGGGGCUGAGCGGGGCACUGUCAGGGGGAUACGAAGUGGAACUGGCACUUCUACGCAUCCGGGAAGGAAUUAACGAUGCCAUCCUUACUGCGCAACUCCAUGGACCACAUCUCAGCGCCAUGGUGGGUAAAGUUUGUGGUUCCUUGACUGAACCGGUUUCCUCCACUCCAGUCAGUCCCACCUCAAGAAGUGUGACUCCUUCAGUAAACCCAACCAUUGAACUCCAACCCUCAGUCACAUCCUCCAGUCCUACAACACUACCUACUACAGGCAACCAAUUUGAGCACAUAACACUAAAAAGAAGGUCUCUGCCUCUGAAACCGUCCAAAAACGACAAACCCAGAAGCCUGAAAAAGAUUUCAAAGGAGUUUAUGGGCUACAUCCAGCGGUACAAAUCAUUCUUCUCCACCCUGCCGGAGAUGCUGUGCGAGGGGGAGGUGGUGAUGGAUGAAAACACCUGCUGGAGUGGAGAAGAUGUGGUAGAGAGUUAUACAGGUCACGUGGUGGGGAAUGGACUGCAAGCCCAGAAACACAACCCAGAGAUAAAGAUCAGAAGUGUGGAUCCAAUCCUGGUCAACAUGAAGGAAAAGCUAGAGCACUUCAACCAGGAGAUGUGGGGAGAGAUGGGCUUGGGAACAGAUGGUCGUGAGGACGUCGAGACCAGCAGCGGCGAUGCAGCAGAAGGCAGCGGCGAGUGCGAUGAUGAAGACGGCUGUCAAGGAUCAGGCCGCAGUGAAGACGAGACAGUGCUCACUAAAAAGAAAAUCCAUGAACAAAUUCCACCACGGAACGCCAUUAUCCCAAUCCAGCCCCCCAACUCCAGAUCCAAACCUGGUGCGCCCAACGAUGGAGUCGCUCACAUCUCAACCAUCUCAUCCUUCCUAUUUCUUCCUCUCUUCCUCAUAAUACAGCUCCUUCUGUGGCCCGUCUGACGCACAGUAAAAAGACUGAAUGAUUCAAGCAUGCAUUUGCACUAGGCCCUUAGAAGUCUGCACAUUUGUCUUCUGAUCUCAUCAGAUGCUCAGUAAGUUCUCAUGUCAGCCCCCCCACAUGAUACGACUAUUCACAAACUGGUUAUUCAUUUGCUCUGGCCUGUUUUAAAGGGUUUUAUGUAGCUACUAAGUAGUGUACAAAGACAUGAAUGUGAUCAUGGUACACCAUCAUUUCUUUGGUGGUUUUACUGUCAUAUUUUAUAGUGCCGCUAUUUUGCAGCUUCAUUGAAUAAGGAUUUACAAUUACAUUCAUCUAGUUCGGUAAAAUUUAGAGUAACACAUCACAUCCUGAAUUCAUUCACACCUUCUUGUAGGAGUUACAUGAUGGAAAGGCUGUUUUGUUUUUAUAAAUGUGUGAGUAUUAUUGUAUGUGUGGAUUAUAUUCAAGAAAGAAUUAGCUAUUUUAAGUCUCCUUUUAUCAGUUUACCUGGGUGAAUCUUACAAAGGUUAUAUUUAUUUUUUAUUUAGGUUAUUAUUUUUGAGUUAUGAAAAUAAUGGCAAUUUCGCAACAUUAAGAUUUUUUCCUAAUAAUUUGA